UUACACCAUACUAGCGCCAUCUAGUAACUGGGAGGAAUUAUAUGCAGAAGUACAUGUCUAGCACUGAUUUUGUGUUAUUCGAUAUCGACAGUCUCGUUGUGAAAUUGUGCGUUUGCCUGAAAUCUUGGGACAGUGAAAAUUAAUAAUUCCAAGGCAUAAGUGGAUUUUGUGAAAGUCAAAAAUGGGUCUUGUGUGCUCAACGGCGCAGCUUGCCUGCCUUUGCGGCAGUACGGCAUGCAGCUUUUGCUGCUCGCAGUGCCCGACAUGCCGGAACAGCACCAGCACUCGUAUCAUGUAUGCUCUAAUGCUGUUACUGGGUACGAUUGCAGCCUGCAUUACCCUUUCUCCAGGACUCCAAUCAGCUCUGUCAAAGGUUCCGUUCUGCACCAACAGCUCAUCUUAUGUUCCAACUGGUUUCAAAUUCGACUGCAAGGAUGUUGUUGGCUUUCUCGCCGUCUACCGGAUGUGCUUCAUUCUCACACUCUUUUUCCUUCUGAUGUCCCUUAUCAUGAUUAGAGUUAAAAGUUCCAAAGAUCCGAGAGCCCCGAUUCAAAACGGUUUUUGGGCUAUUAAGUAUCUCAUUGUAAUCGGUGGGAUCAUAGGCGCCUUCUUCAUCCCAGAAGGAUCGUUUGGAAUAACUUGGAUGUACUUUGGAAUGAUCGGUGGAUUUCUAUUUAUCAUUAUCCAGCUGAUUCUAAUUGUUGAUUUCGCUCAUUCUUGGGCAGAUGCUUGGGUCACAAAUUAUCACGAAACCGAAUCGAAGGGCUGGUAUGCUGCACUGUUGGGAUCUACUUUUCUGUCUUACGCAGGAGUAAUAACCGGAGUUACCUUGCUAUUCGUUUAUUUCACAAUACCUGGCGGUUGCGAACUGAACAAGUUUUUCAUAUCGUUCAACUUAAUUCUGUGCGUCAUAGCCAGUGCCGUUUCCAUCCUACCAAGUGUUCAAGAUAAACUACCCAACAGCGGUCUCCUUCAAUCUUCCGUCGUUAGUCUCUAUGUAAUUUAUCUUACGUGGAGCGGCAUUUCAAACAGCCCAGAUUCCGAAUGCAAUUAUCGAUUUAGUUCGAAAGAUCCGAAGUUCGAUAAGGAGAGUAUCAUCAGCUUGGUGAUAUGGAUGUGUUGCGUUCUGUACAGUUCACUUCGUACAGCUUCAAAAUCGUCAAGGCUCACCAUGUCUGAGAAUGUAAUGGCCAAAGAUAAUGGUGCUGUUUGGAAUCAAAGAGACCAAUCUCUAGUCGGCAAUGAAGAUUAUGUCCCAGUAGAAGGUCCUUCUGGAGAUCACGAAGAGGGUGGAGAAGCCAAAGUAUGGGACAAUGAAGAAGACUGCAUUGCCUAUAACUGGAGUUUCUUCCACUUCAUGUUUGCCCUGUCGACUCUUUAUGUCAUGAUGACGCUCACCAACUGGUAUAAGCCUAAUUCAGACCUGUCUCUGUUAAACGCAAACGCGGCUUCGAUGUGGGUGAAGAUAAUUUCGUCUUGGCUCUGCCUCGGGCUUUAUGUCUGGUCUUUGAUAGCGCCAGUUAUUCUGCCUGACCGUGAAUUUUCAUAUUAACGCGAAUAUGUUCGUCAUGAAUCUCGGUCGGAAUACCAGAAGCCUGCCCACCUAAGAUUACAUCUGAUUGUGAGUAAAAUAAGAUAUUAACUAAGUUUAUGGGUACAUAAAUAACGGUCGAAAGAUCUACUACAUGUAGGAUCCGAUAAUUGAUCACGGAUCAGAUUUAUUACGUACAUAUGUAUAUGCUAUAUUCCUAUAUUAUAUCAUAUUCUUGUUCUUAGCUGAUAUUACUUCCGCGUUAUAAUUAUAUUAAAACCCCCUUUUUGUAAUUAUUAAUAUUCUUACUCGGAUCAGUCACUUUUUCCUAUACUUUACCCUUAUGUAAUAAUAGAAACUUUUUAUUAAAAUUUUAUUAUGUUUUAAUAAAAAUCGGUCCGAAUUUAAUUUCACGCGUAUUUCUUUCAAUAUACGCUGGUACAUGUAUAUAUAAAUAUAUUAUGUAUUACCGACGUGUAGGGAAAAAUACAUUAUAUAAAUAUACAAUAAAUUUGUAAUAAUAAUCGUUAACAAUUAAUAUACUUUUAUAUUAUUAUGUAUUGUGUAUUAUAAAGAGUACAUCUGCGCGUGUAUGUAUAUUUUGAUAUUA